AUGUUGCCGUUUGUGUGGCUCGCUAGCAUAGAAAAUGGGCUGUUCAGAACCAAGGAGGCUAUCACCUUGAUGGUUAGAGCAGAAACGGGUGGUUUUGAAGCUGGGUUUUUGUUCAGACUGAUGCAGAAAGCCUCUUUUGCUCUUCUGACAUGCAUUUUUGCCUUGGGAGGAGCGACAGUGGGAACAAUUACGGGAGCAAUCAAAGGGCACACUACAGAAACUGGGCUUGUACGUGGGGCAGGAGUAGGUUUUGUGGCUGGGGCCAUCACAGCCAUUCAGCUGAUGGAAUUGAUGAUUAAUGGAGAGCAAUUUUCUAAGGUUGCCCUCUUACACAGUCUUGUAAACGGGAAGAUUUUCAUGGAAUGGGUAAGUCCUGCAGUGCUAAAAGCUUACCUAUGGCAAAUUAGUGCUGCAGAAACAAGUUCUAUGGAAAUUCAAGACAUUUUUGAGGUCACCGGGACAAAAGGAUUUCGAGAAUGGAGAUUUUGCAAGUAUACUACCAAAUUGCAGACACUCCUUUCAUUUGGACUGCAUAAAGGAAUGGCUACCACGCCAAGGCUGUUGCCCAAAUUGUAG